GUUGAGGCCGCUCUGCCGCCGGGUCUCCGGCCUUGAGGGCUCGGGCUCGCAGCGGCGGCGGUGGCCGCAACAAGAGGCGGCGGGGGCGGGGGGAGAGGAGGGCCUGGGCCCGCGCUCCCCCAGCCCCGAAGGAGCAGGCGGCGGCCGCGGACACAGAGAUUCGCUAGAGCGGUCAGACACCCCUGCUUUCCCCGCCUGGGAUCAUGACCCAGGCGGGGGUCGCCGCUGCUGCCGCCACUACUGCGGCUGAGACCACGCAGCCCGCGGCUUUGCCUGUCAACCGGGGGAAGAAACAUGAAGAAAACAGACUGUUUAACUUAGCUUAGAAGAUAACUUUCAACAGAAAGAAGAAAACAUAAUCUAUAGACCAUCUUCUGGCAAAACAUGAUAGAUUUGGAUCAGAAACGGGAGGUAUUGGAAGCUAGGAGUCAAAAGUAAAGAAACUCUGCAAGACCUUGGGUGGAAGAGGUUCCUAUCACUGUCACCAUGCCAGAAAUGACAGAGCAUGAAACUCCUACAAAAAAGCAGCAUAGAAAGAAAAACCGGGAAACACACAAUGCAGUGGAGAGGCAUAGAAAGAAGAAAAUUAAUGCUGGGAUUAACAGAAUAGGCGAGCUGAUCCCAUGUUCCCCAGCUCUGAAGCAGAGCAAGAAUAUGAUCCUGGACCAAGCCUUUAAAUACAUAACAGAAUUGAAAAGGCAAAAUGAUGAACUCCUGCUUAAUGGCGGAAACAAUGAACAAGCUGAAGAAAUUAAAAAAUUACGGAAACAACUGGAAGAAAUCCAAAAAGAAAAUGGCCGCUAUAUUGAAUUACUGAAAGCAAAUGAUAUAUGCUUGUACGAUGACCCCACAAUCCACUGGAAAGGAAAUCUUAAAAACUCAAAGGUGUCUGUUGUUAUUCCAAGUGACCAAGUUCAAAAAAAUAUCAUUGUUUAUUCCAAUGGGAGUCAGCCUGGUGGAAACAGCCAGGGGACAGCUGUUCAGGGGAUAACUUUUAAUGUCAGUCAUAAUUUACAAAAGCAAACCGCCAAUGUGGUGCCGGUGCAGAGGACUUGCAAUCUUGUGACUCCUGUGUCUAUUUCUGGAGUUUACCCUUCUGAAAACAAGCCGUGGCAUCAGACCACAGUUUCUGCACUGGCUGCCAACCAGCCUGUUCCUCUUUGUCUUCCUGCUACCAUUUCUGCUCAAAAUAUUCUUGAGCUUUCCACCUCUGAAAGUGAAUCAAGUGUGCUUGGUGCCACUGGAAGCUCACUAAUUGCUGUUUCAGUUGGGUCUGAGCCUCACCAACAUCGGUCUUUGCACACAGGUCUAAAUGAUCAAAAUUCUUCUGAAACUAAUAAUGGGCAAGAGAGCCCUAAAUUAUUAAAGAGGACAGCCCCUUGUGUUACAAGUGUCCCCCCAAACUCCUCAGCACCUGCCACUAAAGUGCACCGUGGAACCAAGUCCUGUCUGAGUACACAGGACUUCAGAGGUGACUUUCAAAACACCUUUGUUGUUUCAGUUACCACUGCAGUCUGUUCCCAGCUCCCUAGAUCUGCAGGUGAUUCUUCUCCAGUGAGUGUUAGCAAGUGCACAGUCUCGACAAGUACAACCUCAGUGGUGGCACCAUCUGCCACUGGAGUAGGGAAAACUACUACUCCUGUAAGCACUCUUUCUACAAAUCCUUUGGACAGUGGUUGGACUCUUUCUUGUUCUUUGCCUUCUUCAAGUGUUAGUGCUUCAGAUUUGAAAAACAUUAAUAGCCUUACUCGAAUUUCUUCAGCUGGAAACACACAGACAACGUGGACUACUUUGCAGCUGGCAGGAAACACUAUUCAGCCCUUAAGCCAGACACCAUCUUCCACUGUGAUUCCAGUACUAAAUGAGUCUGGUCCUAGCCCCACUGCAAGCAACCACAGUAGACACAUGGCUACAGGCAUCAACUUAAAUAAUUCCCUUCCAACAGAUGGGUUAUCAGUUGAGCAAGUAGUUGUAACCUUGCCUUCUUGUCCAUCUUUACCUAUGCAGCCACUAAUUGCCCAGCCACAAGUUAAAUCUCAGCCACCAAAAAAUAUCCUUCCACUGAAUUCAGCAAUGCAAGUGAUUCAGAUGGCUCAGCCAGUUGUGUCAGCUGUUAAUGCAACUCCAGCUAAUCAAAAUGUUAUCAUUCUUCAGCCCCCCAGCACUACCCCAUGCCCCACAGUGGUGAGGGCAGAGGUUCCCAACCAAACAGUAGGUCAACAGAUAGUCAUUAUCCAGGCAGCUAAUCAGAACCCAUUGCCACUCCUCUCUGCUCCACCUCCUGCAUCUGUUCGACUCCCUGUCAAUGGAGCCAGUGCUAUAAUUGGGUCUAAUCAUUCAGUGCAAAAUGUUUCAACUCCACAAACUUUUGGAGGAAAGCACCUUGUCCAUAUAUUACCAAGACCUUCAUCUUUGUCAACAUCUAAUUCAACACAGACUUUUUCUGUUACCAUGUCAAACCAACAACAGCCUCAAACCAUUUCUUUAAAUGGACAGCUCUUUGCUUUGCAGCCUGUGAUGUCUUCAUCAGGAACUACAAAUCACACCCCUAUGCAAAUUAUUCAACCCACCACCAGCGAAGAUCCAAAUACCAAUGUUGCCCUGAAUACAUUUGGUGCUUUGGCCAGCCUCAAUCAAAGCAUCUCACAGAUGGCUGGGCAGAGCUGUGUACAACUAUCUCUUAGCCAGCCUGCCAAUCCUCAAAUUGCUGCAAAUAGUCAAACCUCCCCAACUAACUGUGUUUCAUUAACAACCACUGUUGCACCUCCCAUGACAACUGACAAUUCGGCCAUACCCCCUGGUACUUUUAAUCUUGUGACUACUUCCUCAAUGAACACUGUUGCUUGUUUGCCACCUACCACAAAGUCAAAAAGAUUAAAUAAGAAGCCAGGUGCCAAGAAACAUAUAGCAGCUAGCAAACCCACAUGUCCUCUGAAUCCAGUCAGAGAGGUGGGCAAGUCAGACUGCCCCAACAUGGAAAGCUCAGCAGAGCCAUCAUGUACUCCUGGACUGCUGGAAAGCCUUCCUAUUGUGCUACCACCUGCCACUCUGUCCCAGGCAAAUAGUGGAAGUGUUUCUGCUUCACAUUCUUUGGACAUGCUAAAUUCGGAAUCAGUAAUACCUGAAUCUGUAUCCAAAUCUAACUCAGCAGAAGAGUCUAGCUCAUCCUCCCAAGAAUCUGGAAUAAGUGAACAUUGUGCAGUAGCCCCAGCAAAAUCCAAAGAUUCUACCCCCAUUUUGCAAAGAGAGACUUCUCAGGAUAAACCACCAACUAGCUUAGCAUUAUCAGAUGCUACCAAAUCCUGUACUUCAGCCAAUGUAUUGAUUCCAUCUUCAAAUCCUCAGAUUUUGGUUUCUCAGGUGUCUGGUUUGUCAUCCUUCACAAGGACUACAAGUACUGACUGUGUUUCUGAGGUAGAAAUCAUUGCUGAACCUUGCAGGAUGGAGCAAGAGUCAUCUGAUACAAUGCAAACUGCAGGUCUCUUAAAGGGGCAAGGGUUAACUACAUUACUAUCUGAUGUUGCUAAAGAAAAAGACCCCCAGAAAUCAACUCUUUCUGACCCUAUGGAUCAUCCUGACUUUUCUUCAGAAAAUUCUAAGAUAAUUGAUUCAACUGUUGAUUUACACCCCAAGCAGGAACUGUUACUGAUGAACAACGAUGAUAGAGAUCCACCACAGCAUCAGUCCUGCCUCCCUGAUCAGGAAGUUAUUAAUGGUUCUUUGCUCACCAGUAGGCAAGCUGACUCCCCCUCAUCAACCAGCUCUGGAAGUACUCGCAGUUUUUCAGUUGCAUCCAUGCUUCCCGAAACAACUAGAGAAGAUGUGACCAGCAGUACCUCAACUAAUACAUGUGACAGCUAUACCUUUGCAGGGCAACCUGAUAUAGUAGCUCUUGCAGCAACAGUUAUUUUUGGCCAUCACAACAUUGAGAAGGGAAGAGUUGAUAUUCAGGCUGAUAUAAGGGAAGGUACUUCAAAGCCUUCUGAAGCAUCAUCUUUAGAAGGAGACCAGUCUUUCAAAUCACAGAUCCCUAAAGAGAAUGGCACAGGACAGACAGAAGCAACACCAAAUGAACUUAACUCUCAGGAUUCAAUUGAAGUAACAGUGGACAGGCCCCUUGAAAAACCAAGUUGCUCUCUAGGAAUUAAAACAUCAAAUGGUUCCUUACAGGUUUCAACUUCUCAGCCACCAAGCCUCACCAGUUUAAGUGUGAAUAAUCUCAUCCAUCAGAGCAGUAUCAGCCAUCCGUUAGUCAGCUGUGCAAGUCUGUCCCAACCUUCAGAGCAAACAACUGCUCCUGCGACAGUUAAUCUGACUGUUUCCUCUAGCUCCUACAGCAGCCAGCCUCCUGGACCACCUCUGAUGACAGAAUAUUCUCAAGACCAGCUAAGUACUAUGAAUAAUACCAUACCGAAUUCACAGAUUCAAGAGUCCCUCUUAAAGCCAAGUCACGAAAGCCGAAAAGAUUCUGCUAAGCGCACUGUCCAAGAUGACCUUUUACUGUCUUCAGCCAAACGUCAAAAGCAUUGUCAACCAGUCCCCCUCAGACUUGAAAACAUGUCCCUAAUGAGUGGAACUCCAGACAGCAUUUCUGAUCAAACUCAAAUGAUGGUUAGUCAGCUCCCUCCCAAUUCUUCAAACUCAGUUGUGCCUGUUAGCAACCCAGCACAUGGAGAUGGCCUUACACGAUUAUUUCCACCUGGUAACAACUUUGUGUCCCCUGCAUUGAGGCAAAGUGAAGUUCAGUGUAGCUCUCAGCCUUCAGUUGCCGAGCAGCAGCAAACCCAGGCAAGUCAGCAUCUACAAGCCCUGCAACAGCAUGUUCCAGCUCAAGGUGUAUCUCACCUUCACAGUAACCAUCUGUACAUCAAGCAGCAGCAGCAACAGCAAGCAGGGCAAUUAAGAGAAAGGCAUCACUUGUAUCAACUGCAGCAUCACGUACCUCAUGCAGAGAGUGCUGUUCACUCUCAGCCCCAUAAUGUGCACCAACAGAGAACUCUGCAACAGGAAGUUCAGAUGCAGAAAAAAAGGAAUCUCGUUCAGGGCAAUCAGGCCUCUCAGCUUUCCUUACAACCAAAGCAUCAUGGAACUGACCAAGCCAGACCCAAGAGUGGCCAGCCCCAUCCCCACCAUCAACAGAUGCAGCAACAGAUGCAGCAACACUUUGGAAGUUCCCAGCCAGAAAAGAGCUGUGAAAACCCUUCAACUAGCCGGAACCAUCACAGCCAUCCCCAAAACCACCUCAAUCAAGAUAUUAUGCACCAGCAGCAGGACGUUGGAAGCAGACAGCCAGGAUCAGGGAUUUCUUCUGAACAUGUGUCUGGGCAUAAUCCAAUGCAGAGGCUUUUGACAUCAAGAGGCUUGGAGCAGCAAAUGGUGUCCCAAUCGAGUAUUGUAACAAGACCUUCAGAUAUGACCUGUACUCCACACAGGCCAGAGAGAAAUCGCGUUUCCAGUUAUUCUGCUGAGGCACUCAUUGGAAAGACAUCUUCUAAUUCAGAGCAGAGAAUGGGUAUAUCAAUUCAGGGUUCCAGAGUUUCAGAUCAGCUUGAAAUGAGAAGCUAUCUUGAUGUUCCCAGAAAUAAAAGCUUGGCUAUUCAUAAUAUGCAGGGUCGUGUAGACCAUACUGUUGCCUCAGAUAUUCGCCUUUCUGAUUGUCAGACAUUUAAACCAAGUGGAGCCAGUCAACAGCCCCAGAAUAAUUUUGAAGUACAGUCUUCAAGAAAUAAUGAAAUAGUUAACCCUGUAUCUUCAUUGAGGAGUAUGCAGUCUCAGGCUUUUCGGAUUAGUCAAAACACUGGCCCACCACCGAUCGACCGGCAAAAGCGAUUACCAUAUCCACCAGUUCAGAGCAUCCCAACAGGAAAUGCUAUCCCACCAAGGGACAGUGAAAAUACAUGUCACCAAAGUUUUAUGCAGAGUUUGCUUGCCCCUCAUCUUGGUGAUCAGGUCAUUGGGAGCCAGAGAUCACUCCCAGAACAUCAGAGGAAUACACAGUGUGGUCCAUCCUCUGCAAUUGAAUAUAAUUGUCCUCCAGCUCAUGAAAGUGUCCAUAUUAGAAGAGAGAGUGAUAAUCAGAAUAGGGAAAGUUGUGACAUGUCUUUAGGUGCAAUUAACACAAGGAACAACACCUUGAAUAUUCCUUUUUCAAGUUCCUCUUCCUCAGGAGAUAUUCAAGGUAGAAACACAAGUCCCAAUGUUUCUGUACAGAAGUCCAACCCCAUGAGGAUUACUGACAGUCAUGGGACCAAGGGCCACAUGAACCCUCCUGUCACAACCAACAUGCAUGGGGUUGCAAGGCCAGCUUUGCCACACCCAUCUGUGUCUCAUGGAAAUGCUGACCAAGGCCCUCCUGUACGUCAAGCUAAUUCUUCAGUUCCCCAGAGAUCAAGACAUCCCUUGCAAGAUAGCAGUGGUUCCAAAAUUCGUCAACCUGAGAGGAAUCGUUCUGGAAACCAAAGGCAUAGUAAUGUCUUUGAUCCAAGUCUUCCCCAUCUUCCUCUCUCUACUAGUGGCAGUAUGAUUCUUGGACGUCAACAGCCCACUACGGAGAAGAGAGGAAGUAUUGUUCGUUUCAUGCCUGAUAGUCCACAAGUCCCUAAUGAUAAUUCAGGUCCUGACCAGCAUACGCUAUCACAGAAUUUUGGUUUUCCUUUUAUUCCUGAGGGUGGUAUGAAUCCACCAAUAAAUGCUAAUACUUCUUUCAUUCCACAGGUUACGCAGCCCAGUGCCACUCGAACUCCAGCCCUCAUUCCAGUAGAUCCUCAAAAUACUCUACCUUCAUUCUAUCCCCCAUAUUCUCCUGCUCAUCCUACACUGUCCAAUGAUAUUUCAAUCCCUUAUUUUUCUAAUCAAAUGUUCUCAAAUCCUAGCACAGAGAAGGUUAACAGUGGAAGUUUAAAUAACCGAUUUGGAUCAAUUUUAUCUCCUCCCAGACCUGUUGGCUUUGCUCAACCAAGUUUUCCUUUACUCCCUGAUAUGCCACCAAUGCACAUGACCAACUCUCACUUAUCCAAUUUUAAUAUGACAUCUUUGUUUCCAGAAAUAGCAACAGCUCUUCCUGAUGGCUCAGCAAUGUCUCCUUUGCUUACAAUAGCAAACUCCUCUGCCUCUGACUCUUCCAAGCAGUCCUCGAACAGACCUGCCCACAACAUAAGCCAUAUUUUAGGUCAUGAUUGCAGUUCAGCUGUUUAAAUAUAGAUAAACUAAAUGUGAAGAUAUUAAAGGUCUUGAGUGAGAUUAUAAAAGUGUGUGCAUGCACACGUACAUGUACGUGUACAUGAAGAGAGGAAUUUUGUGUGUGUUUGUAUAAUCAAUUUUCAAUUAUCUUCUGAAUGUAGGGAUCCAUGUCCAUGUCUGAGAUCAUGCAAAAUUUGUCAAAAACAAAUUAUGUUUUUUUUUAAGUGCAUGGAGUGUUUUUUAUGUUUCAAGCUUUAAGCAUAUUGACAUUUCCAAGUUUGAUUUGUAAUUUUAUAUUCCCUGAAUAUAAGUCAACUGAAAAUUGGGGGAACCUCACCUUGGUAUGUGCUGAGUGGUAGGAAGGGACUGAGAUUUUAAGCAUCGUCACUGGUAAUUUUUAAAAUAGUUGAGUUGUUAUUCAAAACAUAAGCAACUUGAUAAAGCCAAUGGCUCAUAACCAGAUGAUGGAUGGUCAACAUCUAAAAAAAUUUCUCAGCUGAAACGGUGUUGAAUUGAUGUUAAAUUAAAUGUCCAUACAGUCAAGCAGAUAGCAGAUAAAUUAAUUAUCUAAUAAACCUUCAUCCCAAAGUUUGGCUUAGGGAGAGUCUUCUUUCUUGAUUCUAAUUAUUCAUAAGUUAUCUGUUCUUCAAAAUAGGGAGCCACAUUGUACUUUAAUGUGCCAGGAUCUUUAAAGCAAAAGUCUUCCCAGACAAUUAGCCUUAAAAAUAGAAAGGUAAAAAGUAAAGGACACAAUUGUUCUCCAUCACGUACUUGUAUUUUGCAUCAGGCCAUAAGGAUAAAAGCAGUUAUAUAGUGGAGUUUUUCAUGGAGUCAUUAACAAUUGGUGUUUUGUCAAUUGAGUUUUGAUUUAGUGUUCUCUCUUCAUUCAUUUAUUUGACUUUGAAAUAAAUUCUUUUCCAUUAAUUUAAAUAUUAGGACUGAUCAGCAAGUCAUGCAUUUAGAAUAUUUACAUUUAUUUGUAAAGAUACAUUUGAGUCUUACUUUUAAAAAUAUUUCUGAACAGAGUUUUAAGCUCUCUCAGCAUUUUCAUUUAGUAAUAUUUAUAUUUUAAAUAAGGCAUUGUAUAUUGCAUUAUUAUCCUUUAUACAGAAUUAUCAUAAUGAGAAGGUUUAUUGGUUCAAUAUUUUCUCUUGAUGGUAAAUGUGAAAUGGUGCUUCAAAAAAAUACAGUCUUUAUAUAUGUCCAUGUGUGUAUGUGAGAGUAUAUAUGAAAACAGACAGAUUUUAAAGUAUAAACUGGUCCCUACUAUUCCACAAUGUAUACAUACUUAAAAAUACCAUGUUGUGCACCAUAAAUUCAUACAAUUUUAUUUAUCAAGUAAAUAAAUUUGAGAAAACAAUAGGUCUGCCAUCUGAAAAUAGGAAAUUAAGACCUGCUAAAGUAUAGAAAAACUUGAUGCAGGUGAGGUUUUUUAAUAAAAACACCCAGGAAUUUAAUAAUAAAUUUUAAAACAUGCGUUGAAUUUUGAGAACUAAAACAAAUGAGCAAAACCCUAAGAAAACAGUUGUAAAUGAUAUGCUGAUUUUUUAAACCCUGUUAAACUAUGACUUUUUGUUGUUAUAUUCUGCCCAAAAUGGAAUGAGGUGGGGAAAAUGCAUAUAAAUUGUUCUGUCUGCUCUGUUAAAAAAAAGUAAAACCUGGGACCAGCAUUUAUUUCCAUCCUAACAAAGCCUCCUGUGGCCUGGUCAGAGCAAUUACCUCCUGCAUCCCUCUUCUGCAGACUGAAAUGGUCACUUAUGCCUCUUCACUGUUCUCACCAAACCUUACCAUCUGUUUCUGCUGCCUGCUAAAGCAGUCUCCAGGAGUAAAGAAACAGCAUAAACCAUAGAAACCUGUAUUGCCUCCCUUCAAAAUGGUCUUGGGGAGAAAAUAGGAGAACUUCAUGAAUAAGUUACUUAAAUAAAAAUGUAUAAACACAGCAAUUACACUUUUUGGAGAAAAACCACAGCAAGAUCUACAACUUGUUUUUUAUUUCUCUGAAUUUUAAGCUUUAAUAUUCAAUUUUUUUUUAGUACUUGGAAGGUUCAAUCUGCCAAUUUUGGAGGGGGGAGUACUGGGGAUUUAAUGGUGUGCUUGACCACUGAGCCACAUCCCCAGUCCUUUUCAUUUUUUAUUUUGAGACAGGGUCUCACUAAAUUGCUUAGAGCCUCACUGAGUUGCUAAGGCUGGCUUUGAAUUUGUGAUCAUCCUUACUUAGUCUCCCAAGUACCUGGGAUUACAAGAUUGUGCCACUUGCCUGGCUAAUCUGCCAAUUCAAGAAGGGCAGUUUUCUAUAUAUUUAUCUCUUCCUCCCCUCCUCCUUCUUCUCUGCCUGUCCCUCUCACACAUGCCCCCACAUAAAAGUGGCCAUUGAGUUCUGUAGAACUAGAGGCUUCUGUAUAUAACUGGAGCAAAGGUAACAGGCCAUAGUGAAGCUCAGUUCCCUUCCACCUCUAGAUUGGGUCUUGUUACCCAGGCUAGUUCCAAAUUACUGGGCUCAAGAGAUCUUCCUGCCCCACCUUUGCAAGUAGCUUCUCUAGGGGCUCUCCACCACACCCAGAUGAAGAGUUCAGUUUAAACGUUGCAGUUCAAAGGGCUCAAAAAUCUGUUACUUUCAGUUAUUUCUAUUGCAUUGAUUGUAUUUUACUCUUCAUCUAUAUUCAGAAAUAGCAUUUUCAUUCCUCAGAACUUUUAUUCCAAGAAUAUAACACUGAUAUUGAAUGAGUCUAAGAAAGGCUUGUUGUUUGACUAUCUGCAAAUCUUUGGGCUCCAGCUUAUAUGUAACUUUAAUUAUCUUAUGGACAAAAGCAUAUAUAUGUUAGAGAUCAUUUUAUAUAUGGGAUCAAUUCUGAGUGUUCACACCAAAGUACUCUUAUUUGAUUUUAAAGCAUGAGUACUUACCAGCAGUAUUAAGUAUUUGAAUUGAGGUACAUGGUUUUGAGCAGGAAAUUUGUUAUAUAGGACUUAGUGAUAUCAGUAUAUAAUCUUUUGGUACAGGAAUGGCAGAAAAUGCAGUCAAUUUUGGCUAUUGUAAAUUGAAAUGUUAUUCUUGGCUUGCUCACAUGAUAUACAAAGUUAAACUAUUUCCACAAAUAAUUUUUCAACUUCUGAAAAUACACAGAUGUCUGAAUCAUAAGUGAGAGUCAUUGAAUCAUUUCUCUUUUAGCAUUAUUGAUUACAUAGAAUCAGUUAAAGAAAAUAGUUGAUUCUUCUCAACAUUUAAUAAGUUCUAUGAAGUGAAAAAUUUUAGAUUUUUCCUCAUGUAUAAACCUUGUCAUUGCAUUUGUUAAAUAUAUAAAUCAUAGAUGAAAUAAAUUAAUUUUGGAAGUAUUUAUUUUUUGGAAAAUACAGGUUGCUUUGGGAUGUGUCAUGUUUUAUGCCACGUCAGGAAAUUUAAUUUUGUUUAUUGUCAGAUAUUUUGGGACACAAGAAUUUGCACUUUUUUUUAAGUAAGGAUGAGAAUUCCAUAGUAAUCAUGAUUUAUAAAAUUUAACAUAUCUAAACUGUGGGAAGGAAGGCCAUAUUGUUUCACAGCAACUUCUAGUCAUAAGUCAAGGUUAUGUUGAACUUUAAAAACUCAAUGUUAUUAAAGUACAAAAUCAUUUAAAAAUUUUAAAGAUAGUUCAUUUAUCUUGUUCUUGCCUUCUAACAUCAGUCAUUUCAUUGAGAGGCUAAAACUUAUACUACAAAAACUGUGGACAUGCAUUUUAAUGGAAGUGAUAUUAAAAUUUUGAGAAAGACUUAUUAAUGUGCAUCAUCUCAGCUUUCUCCUUUCUUUUCUACAUAGGUACCUAUGUUGUUAUUAUUUUAUAUCUGUUCCAUAUCAAAUAGGGGACAAGGAGCCUGGUCAUUUCCUUAGCAGGAUAACUAACUAUUCAUUUGCCUUGAAACAUUUAUUGGUUCUAUUAGAUUAGUUUGUGGGAGUGAGUCAUACUUCCAAAUGAGUGAUUCCCAAUUUUUGGCUUUGGGAACCAUAUUCUUUCUUCCUAUUCUCUUAAGUAGCAACAACAGUAUUAGUUCAGAAUUUGAUCUAAAAUAUUUCAAUAUGUCAUAUGGCUCUUCCCUAGGUUUGGUGGACUUGUUUUUUUUUUUUUUUUUCCCACUGUGGAAUGAAGAAAGGGCAAAGGUGAUAACAAAAUGAAAUAGCUUUGGGUUGAUUUCCUGAGGAGCCUAGAAGUCAUUGCAAUUCUGUUAUCUAGAUAAGUGCUGCCUUUCCCUUAGGUAAUGCAUCUAUGGUUGUGUACAUCUAAAGGGCAAUAGUAAUAACCAAUGACCAGAUAAACUGGUGUGGAGUUGAUCUCAGUGGUGAUUUUAUGAUACCAAUAUGCAAAUUAAAGGCAGAAAUUAGUUUCUUCCCGAUAUGCCUUUUUGGCUGAAUGUUACAAUUUUUCCUUCCCCAGAGUUCUACAUAAAAGGGUCCUUUUUGGACUUAACUAUACUCUCUGCAUUUCACUCUUCCUGGGUUGUUUUAUCUAAAAGAGUGAAACCUAGAGAGUGUUUCUAUGAGUCUGUAGGCAUCACCAAACUUAGAUUGAGGCAAUUCAGAUAUACUUGGCAUAAAUAUUGAGGACCUUGUUGGAUGCAGAGUUUCUAUCUCUUUCCCAAUGCCUCUCUGCUAAUACUGCAUUUUACCUAAAACUGUGCCUCUGGUCCUUAGACCAGAUAUUGGAAUAUAUCAUCACCCUCUCCAUGAUAGAAAGGACCAGCCAGGAUGGUGCAAGGUGCGUAAUCAAACACCUCCUAGAAGCAAGUACAAUAGAUUCUCACUGUUGCCUUAUCAUUCUCUGAGCCAUCUUCAAAGUUGAUCUUGUUAAAACAAAACAAAACAAAAACUAGUUAGUAGCAAAACUCCUUUGAAACACAGAGAUUAUAUAUGGUGGUCAUUUAGCAUCCUUAUUUCUGGAUUUGCACAAACUAUCAACUGUAACCUUUUUCUGGCAUAUGGUGGUCAAUUGCUUCAUAAACAUGAGUUAAGUUGAAGAUGUUGGGCAUCAUAUCCACAAUGGUGUUACUUUGAAUGACCACAUAAUCUCUCACUAGAGAUGUCAUGAGACAUAGAAAGUAAUUUGAUUUGUAAUGUAACAUGUUUUUUAAAAAGAUGAUCUUUAUUUUUUUUUUUUUUGCUUGGUUGUAUGUACAGCUAUACACCAUACUAUGCCAUAGGAAUUUAAAGUUUCAUCUAUUUAAAUCCCUUCUUCACUUUUCUGAGAGCUCUCUGCCCUCCCACCCCUGAAGUCUUAAGAUCACUUUCAUCUGUGAGGUACCGAGGCACUGGGCUUGACUAGAGUGGUAACCUUGAUGGGAAGUUAAACUGUUGAUCUUCCAAGAAGAAAGGGACCAGACAGUGUUGCUUAAGAUGCUGCAGUUGUGUUACUGUGAAGAAAAGAUUUGCUUCCACUUUCAGCAGGUUAUAUAAAUAUCUAUACAUAUAUAUAUAUUUUCAUUUUGGAAAAAAAAGUUUGAAAAAUCUGAGAACAUAAUUCCUUCACAAAUUAUUUAUAGAUACACUGGGUGAGAAGCUUACUGUAGGGCAGUCAUCAGAUAAAAGCUAAGUUUAGUGCUUCAAUAGUGUAAUAUUUGUAUCUAUUAUUAUGCCAGCAGGGUCUGCUGUGCAUUUUGUCCUAUUUCUGUAAAUCACCUGGUUUGUAAUUCUAAUAGAAAUCAAUUUGUUUUUUUAAUGGAAUCCAGAGCAGAUAUGUAUAAUAAGAUCAGGAUUGUCCUACAGUUGUAAAUAAGAAUGGGUCCUGUUUAUUUUGACAUCUUUUUACAAAUGCAUUGUAUUAGGGUGUGAAUAUUCUGAACCAUGCUCUUGUUUAAAGUUUUGAAAUUUUUAUUGUUAAAUGUAACAUUUUAAUGGUUGUAAUAAUUAUUUGUAUAGAUAUGAAUAUAGUAUUUUAUUUAAGAAAAUAAACUUUGCAUUUUUUGCAUUGUGAA